AGUUGUGAGCUCCGCCCCUGAAUGCGCACAGAAACAGAUGAUGUACUGGAAAGCCGUCCUUUUGGCCCGAUAUGCUGUUGCUACGACCAUCAACAGCAGGAAUGUGCAUGAAACGCAUUUGAAUGAUGAAGCAGGCACAGGAGGCGUAUGGGCUCCGAACUUCAACGACAUCCUUCGACUUGAAAAAGAUCAUCCACACGGCACGCACGGUGCCUUCUUGCAAGAGGGGCCAACUGUGAGCAAGCCUUUGUUCCGUCAUGCUGUGAAUCCAAGCCCAAACAUGGUCUGGAUUGGAGAACUCUUUGCAAUCUUGGUCACCAUCGUGCUAGUUCUUUUUGCAACGCAGCUCCAAGUUUCGCAAUACUUGGCACUGCGAAAGAGGCAGACAGACAAAGCUUUGAAACUGGCAUAUCCCUGGAGAUGCUUGCCAUCUGCUGUCGACAUCAUGGAGAUUGGCCCAACCUAUGCCACAAAUUUUCAAAGUGGUCUGAAGCAAUCAUUCGCUGCAAGGGGUUUGUCACCUGAAGCAGACAGGAUUGCCUUGAUGUCCUUUCUCAUACCAGCAGAGGCUGCUGGAAAGAAGCAACCUCGAGCGCUCAUAGAAAGGCACAACCGAGUGCCGGCAGGCUGUCUGGGAGGGAAGCGAGCACUCGCGAAGCAUUUGAAAGACAUCAAGCUGGACACCUUGGCACCCAUGACCUUCCUGAGCCCUUUGGCUUUGCGGAAAGCCUUGGAGCCUCGGGUGAAAUUCGUCGGAUUUGUGCAAGGGAUUGUUUCAGAUGCACGGGCGGAAGGACUUUGGUUUCUAAAGCACUCGACGAUGGAUCGCAAUGAGGGCGUGUCGUGUUUCAAAGGUGUGCGGAACUUGCUGGCGCAUUGGGACAAGAUGUCUAGAAGCCAGAGGGUGCUCUAUGUUGCUCAGGCAGAAGUCCCUCGACCAAUGUUGAUGGAUGGCCGGAAGAUGAUGGUACGAGCGUACGUAAUCACCUUGCCGGGUGGCCGGUGCUUCAUGCACCGUGAGCUGCUGCUCAAGGGCCACCCGCAGCCCUACGAUCCUUCAGAUGCCGACCCGCUUCGACACGUGGUGUCAUGCGUGAAGUACGAUGGUGUGAUCUCUGGGAGAGGUACUGAGUGGCCACACUAUGAGAAGGUGUGGCCAAAAAUAUCCAAGAUGAUGACGGCGAUCCUGGGACCAUCUGCAGUUGGAAAUGGAAGACUGCCUUUCACACUACGUGAUGACACCAUGCUUGACCUUGUUUGCCAUCGAAUUCAAGAUCGGUUUCAGGACAUUUAUUCAUGGCUCCGGUGGGGGCGCAAAGCAGGUGCUUUGCUCUACAACCUGUUUGGGGUUGACAUCAUCGUGGAUCAGGACUUGCGGCCGUGGCUCAUAGAGCUCAACCCUGGACCAGCAAUGGGCAUCGAUCAGAGGGAUCCACUGGCUACACAGCUCCGAGCUGAUGUCAUGGAGGAUCUUUGCAGGCUUCUGCUAGACCCACUUCUGCGCACUGUGCAAGUAUCGCAGAAAAAUGAGGAGCAGCGAGCCAGGCUAUUCGCUGAAUUCCUGAUUCUUUUUGAGAAAGAAUGACACACUGAUGGAACAUUGUGGUUGAAGGAAGAAUGACCAGGAGUUUGUAUUUGGGUGUGUUUGCUCAAAAACGAGGUGUUCCUGCCCGUUUGCAGGUGGAGUUCAAUGACUUUGAGUGACUUGCACAAAUUAGGUUCAAGUUGUCUCAAAACUGUUCGCUUAGUCUCUCCAAGACCUAAGUGGACCAAGGAAAGGAUGGGUCCUGCAGCAGCUCAAAGGCGGCACUACGUGGAUUUGUGGAGAUUUGAUGCGGCAACAAAAAGGGUC